ACUUUUCUCAUAAGAUUACAACCAAGAAAGAAAAGAUUUGAAUGGAAAAAAGUCCAGUGCAGCCACCAUAGCCUACGAUGGCCACUGCAAUAUUUUCCAUGUUGUUCUCAAUUGGCUCCUACUAAGUAGAGGGUAUCUACAAAGACCCUUCACAAUCUGAUCAUCGAAUCGAGAAAGAAAUGUAUUCAGAAAUCAAAAAAUGAGAACCAAAACCAGAAAUACCGUUACUUUUCUUUCAUUCCCGCCAUUUCUCUGGUUUCUCUUCACAAUCCCAUCACAGUAUUGCUUCGCAGCAAAUGAUACAUUGACUCAAUCCCAACAACUCUCAAUCGGACAAACUCUCAUCUCCUCAGGCCAAUUCUUCGAGCUCGGCUUCUUCAGACCCACCAAUUCCACAAAUCAAUACAUUGGUGUAUGGUACAAGAACAUUUCUGCUCGCAGAGUUCUCUGGGUAUUAAACAGAGAAAACCCAGUAUCAGACUCUGCCUCUAGCCUCACAAUAAGCAGUGAUGGCAAUCUGAGACUGCUUGAUGGGUUGGGAAAUAGUGUCUGGUCGACCAAUGUUUCUGUGCAGACCAAUCGUUCGAUUGCAGUCCUCACAAAGAAGGGAAAUUUCAUUCUCAAAGACAAGGUCUCUGGAUUUACCUUGUGGGAGAGCUUUAACUACCCUUGUGACACUUUCUUACCAGGGAUGUCGAUUGGGAUGAACACUGAAACAGGAGAGAAACGAUUCUUUUCUUCAUGGAAGAGUGAAGAUGACCCGUUUCCGGGAAAGUUUGUUGGUGGGUUGACACCGGAUUUGCCACCACAAGCUUUGAUAUGGAGAGAUUCAGAGCGGUAUUGGAGAGGCGGUCCGUGGGAUGGACGGAGAUUUAUAGGGAUACAGAACAAAUUUGAAGGGUAUGCCAAUGGGUUUAGUCUUGUUGCUGAUAAUCAAGUGGGAACAGUUUAUGUCUCAUUUAGCAACUAUAACGCCUCGAUUGUGACAAUUCUGGUCUUGACACCAGCUGGGUCGUGGAAUAUAAUGCAUUGGGACAAAGAAGUGAAUAGUUGGUAUGAUACUUGGGUUCAACCAUCUGGUAAUCUUUGUGAUACCUAUGGAUUUUGUGGACCUUUUGGGUUUUGCGACAAGAAUGGAUCUCGAGCUUGUGAUUGCUUGAAAGGGUUUGUGCCAAAGUCAAUUGAGGAUUGGAGGAAAGGAAAUUGGACAGGUGGGUGUGUGAGGCAGACCCAAUUGCUAUGCCAGAGGAAUAGUAGUAGUUUGAGCUCGGGGAGUGAUGAGAAUGACGGGUUUUUGAAGGUAAGUAGGGUCAAACUACCAGAUCAUUUCCAAUAUCUGCAAAAUCGGAAUGCCCCAGAUAGUUGCCAACAAUGGUGCUUGAGUAACUGUUCUUGUGUGGCAUAUGCGUAUGUGAGUGGAAUUGGUUGUAUGGUUUGGACUGGAGACCUUAUUGAUGUUCAGCAAUUUUCAUCUUCUGGGGAGGACCUUUUUCUUCGCCUUGCCGGUUCAGAGCUAGAUGAGGACAAGAAAAAAGAGACACUCAUCAUCAGCUUAACAACAGUUUCUGGGGUAAUCCUCUUGGGUGCUGUCAUGUAUGGUUCGUACAGGUGGAAAGCUAACCAAAGAGAAAAGAAGGGAAAGAAAAUCAAGAGCUUUAGCUUGGCUGAUACAUGGAACAGUUCAAGAGAAAACUUGCAGAACCAAGUAAAGCAGCAAGAUACACUAGAGCAACCAAUGUUUGACUUUGAUGAAUUAGUGGCUGCUACCAAUAACUUCAGUGUAGACAACAAACUUGGCGAAGGAGGAUUUGGACCAGUUUUUAGGGGAAAGCUACAUGAUGAGCAAGAGAUAGCAGUGAAAAGACUUUCUAGAUGCUCAGGACAAGGCAUAGAAGAGUUCAAGAAUGAGAUUGUACUCAUCUCAAGACUCCAGCACAGGAAUCUUGUUAGGCUCCUCGGUUUCUGUAUUGAGGGAGAAGAAAUGUUGAUAGUUUACGAUUACAUGUCCAAUAAAAGCUUGGAUACUUUCCUCUUCGAUCCAAAGAAAAGAGGACUGCUGGAUUGGCCUAAACGCUUCAACAUUAUUCAGGGCAUUGCUAGAGGACUUCUGUAUCUUCAUCGUGAUUCUUGUUUAAAGAUUAUUCAUCGAGAUUUGAAGACCAGCAAUAUUCUUUUGGAUAAAGAUAUGAACCCCAAGAUAUCAGAUUUUGGCUUGGCACGAACAUUUCUUUGCACACAGGAGUCGGCAAAUACUCACAGGGUUGUGGGAACACACGGCUAUAUGUCACCUGAGUAUGCACUGGGAGGAAUAUUUUCCGAUAAGUCUGAUGUAUUCAGCUUUGGGGUCUUGCUAUUAGAGAUCAUUUGUGGCAUAAAGAACACCAGUUUCCACUAUAAUGAAAGAUACACAAGCCUUCUUGGUUAUGCAUGGGAGUUGUGGAGUGAAGGCAGGGCAUUGGACCUCAUGGAUCAAGAAGUGGCUGAUUCAUAUUCUUUCACAGAAGUAAUGAGAUCAAUACAUGUUGGCCUUCUUUGUGUUCAAGACCACACUACAGAUAGACCUACCAUGUCAACCGUAGUUCUCAUGCUAAGCAGUGAAAUAGAUGCCCCAUCACCGAAAAAACCUACAUUUACCUUCCAACGCUUGUUAGUAUCUGAUCUUCAAUCUCAAAAUGACAAUACACACUCUAAAAAUGAGAUCACUGUAACAAGGAUUGAAGGACGAUGACACAUUACAAUAAUAUGUUUGUUAUUUAAUGAAUCCCAUAUUUUCUUCUUUGCA